AUGUCUAACACCACCGCAAAGCUGAGAAGGCCGACUUUAAAAGUGACUCCGUCGUCCCGAGCGAUGAACUUGUCAACAUCAGGGACACUGCGCGUCAAUCGGAGCACAACAAGGAGCGUCAACGCUUCUAUCAGCCGGAGAAGUUUCAGUUUGGCAGGGGACAGUAAGGUUCUCGACAAAAGCUCCAAUCAAACCCCUAAGCAUGUUAUACAGGUGUUUGAUGAAACAGGCAAAGAUGUCACACCUCACCCCUUGUACCAACCUGAUCCUGGAGCCAUUCAGCCCAGACAAAGCAAAAUCUUCUCUGCCAAUGAUACAUCUGGUGGUACCUUCUCAGAUAUCUUUUCUACUGUAUACCAGACCACCAAUGCAAGCUUUGCAGCGCCAUUUACCUGGUCAGUUUUUGGGAGCAGUUCCGUGUCCAGAUCGAGUCUGUCCACGAUGGAAUCUUUGAAUGAAGAAAUCGAAGACCCCUUAUCAAAACGAGACGUUUCAGUCAGUCUCACAGAUGUUCAUGUAAAGAGAGAGGAGACAAAAGAACAGAUAAGAGAGGAUAUGCUGGAUCAGGUGGUGGAACGGUACCUCACUGAAACUGAUACUAUCUGGAUGCUGGACUUACCUUCUGUUUCUGUGUCUGCUGAGGCAGAAGAAGCAGAUGCAGUGAGAGAGAGAAACAAGGCCUACGUUGAGUUGUGCAAAAACAGGCUGGGUAAUGAUAAGUACACAGAGCGGAGUAUGCAAACGCUCGGUGGUGCUCCGAAAGUGAAAGAGGUCCAGACCCAGAGCAUCUCUAUGGUGGAUAAAUCUGUCAUGGCAACCACCUGGGACAUCUAUGACUCCUUCAGUAACACAAAUGAGGCGAAUGAGGCUUCCACAGCGCUUGACAGAAUGAGAUCAUCCAGCUCUGAGAUAGUGUCAAAUCCAAAAUUAGACACAGCAGGGGUACCUGAUAGAACCCUGUUUAUAGCCAACAAAUCAACCUCCGGUAGUGAGUCCAGCACAGGAGUAGAACCCUUUGUAGUUCCAGUGGACGAUGAGCCUGACGCAGAGUUGGUUCUGAGUUCCAGGAAGUUUCAGAAGCACCUGCUUGUGAUGGAGAGAGUUAUUCUGGAGAAUAUCUUUCAGCCCAAAUUAGCUGCUUACAGACAGCUGCCCAUUUUAAAAGAGGUAGACACUGGGGAUGGGUCCAGUACGGAGAUCAGGACAGAGCUGGAGGAGAGCUCGCGUACCCCUGUGCUUGAGUACCUGUGGGCCUUCAGCUGUAAGCUCACGUCUGGACGAAACAUCAGCAGCAUGGCCUGGAACAAGAAGAACCCAGACUUUCUCGCUGUGGGUUACGGGCAGUUUGGUUUCAGAGAUCAAAAACCUGGACUGGUCUGUUGUUGGUCUUUGAAGAACCCCAAGUGGCCAGCCCAUAUCUUUCACUGUGAGAGUGGUGUGACUUCCGUGGACUUCUCAGCCAGUAAUAACCGUCAGCUGGCAGUAGGGAUGUACAAUGGCACCAUCAGUAUCUACACUAUACAAACAAAAGGGAAAACACGAGUCAUCGACAGCAGUGGCUAUGCUCGGGGACACACGGGUCCCGUGUGGCAGGUGAAGUGGAUAAGCCAAGACAGGGACUCGCUGGGAGAAAGGAAAGGAGAGGCGCUCAUUUCUGUGUCCUCAGACGGAAGGAUCAGCAAGUGGUUUCUGCGGCAAGGCCUUGACUGUAUUGAUCUGAUGAAGCUGAAGAGGACAAAGAACGAGAAGAAGAGAAACCUGCCUGUGGAGAGUAAGGAGAAAAGUGAGCCUAAAAUAUCUCGUCUGGCUCCAGGACUGUGUUUUGAUUUCUACCCCAAAGAUUCAAACUUUUAUCUGGUUGGGACAGAGGAAGGAUACAUCCAUAAGUGCCCUUAUUCUUAUAAUGAACAGUUUCUGGAAACCUACACAGGCCAUGGAGGUCCCGUCUAUAAAAUCGUGUGGUCACCCUUCUGCCCAGAUGUGUUCCUCAGCUGUUCCUCAGAUUGGACGAUCCAGCUGUGGCGCCAAGACAUGCUGACACCCGUUCUUGGCUUCACGUCCGUUCAGCGGGCGGUUUAUGACAUCCAGUGGUCGCCAAAAUGGGCCACCGUCUUUGGGGUGGUCAAUGAAGACAGAGUGGAGAUCUGGGACCUGGAAGCUAGCAUUCUUGACCCAACCAUAGUGAGCGUAGCCCGCCCCGGGGUGAAGCUGACCUCUCUGCUCUUUGCCACGGAGACAGACUGUAUCCUGGUGGGGGAUAGUGAAGGCAACGUGAGCAUCUACAAGCUCAAACACCUCACUGUGAGAGAGGGCACCCAGGCCGACGUCCUAGAAGACAUCAUACGGUACACGCUGGACAGCCAAUGA